UAAACGCUUCCUCUGGACCAUCUUCAUAAAGAAAGUAAAUAAUAUUUAUUAUUAAGAAUAAGAAUGGAGCCAAGCCAGGAAGAUAUCGAGAGGCUUAUAAUGUUCGAACAUGCUCGUAUCAUCGCUGAAACUCAUUACGCCAAAGACCCUACUGAUGCUGAUAAUUUAACAAGAUGGGGUGGAGCUUUGUUGGAAUUAUCUCAUUUAGGAGAUGCCAAUGAAGGAAGGAAUAUGAUUAAAGUUGCUAUUUCCAAGCUGGAAGAGGCUUUGUCUAUCAACCCGGUGAAACACGAGGCAUUAUGGUGUUUGGGAAAUGCUCUCACCUCACUUGCAUUUAUAACUCCUGAUACUGAUGAGGCGCAGAUUCUAUUUGAAGAGGCAUCUGAUUCUUUCCAAAAGGCAGUGAAUCAGUGUCCAGGGAAUGAACUUUAUCUCCAAUCUUUGGCUAACUCUUCUAAGGCACCUGAAUUGCACUAUGAGUUCCACAAACACGGAGGAUUCAAUCAAACCCAUCAGCCUUCGGGUGGAGAAUCUACCACAUCUGCUAGGGCAAAGGGCCCAGCCAAAACAAAGAGCAGUGAUCUGAAGUAUGAUGUACUUGGAUGGGUGAUUCUUGCUGCUGGGGUUGUUAUAUGGGUUGGGAUGGCCAAGUCUCAAAUGCCACGAUAAAAAAUCUUUAUGUUGAGGCUCUCACAUUAGAGAAAGGAUGCAAAUGUUAUAGACUGCAUAGUACAUGUUUACCAUUUGAGGAUUUUGAGCCACUUGAGAGGUUAGUGCUUAUAAAUUUGUGAUGUAAUGUUAAAUCAUAAAUGUGCAGUUGUGCACCUAUAGGUACCGUUUAUAAAUUGUCAUUUGACACCAGAUUUGACACAUUCUGCUAGGUACAUAAUAAUAUGAUACGUCAAUCAUAUACAU